AUGCCUAGAAAUUACUUCACAACUGUCAUGUUUCCUAAUAAGGGUGUCAAGAUCAACAUUACUCCCACUCAGCUGCAGCUCGUUUUCUUGAGAGGCCCUCCAGACAAGGAGUAUGAGAAUUGGGCGGCCGCGAAUCUGCGCGUCCGGAUGGAGAAGAGCAACCUCAUGGAGGGUUGGACGCCCGCCGAACCGCGUUGUUAG